CAGCAGCAGCAACAACAACAACAGCAGCAGCAAUAUGGCAGGGCUGGGUACGAAGGCGGCAUGGGUGGACCCCAGGGAUACGAAGGAGCGGGCUACCACCAGCAGGCCCGCGGAGGGUAUUCUGCCGGUCCGAUGGACGGUGGAAAUGGGGGGUACGAGCAGCAGCAGCAGCAGCAGCAGCAGUGGCAGCAGCAAAAGCCCAACCGGCGGCGCGAGAGUGCCAUUUUCAACGGCGGCAUGAUGAACACGAAUCAGCAAGCGGCGCGGAGUGGGCUCCGUGAGGAGACACGAUUCUAG